UUGGUGCAGGUUUCCUCGGAGGGCAUGGCCCCCCAGCACAGCGCUGGCUCCAAAGUGGCUGCAGUGGGGCCCUACAUCCUGUCAUCCUCUGCUCCGAGCUCCCAGGGGCCUCCAGUGCCACCCCGCCAGGAGAUGCUGGUAAAGCCGGCGUACCCAGAUGGCACGGCCACUUUGCCCAUGCCUGACUCAUCCCUCAAGCCACCGCCCAGACCACCCAAACCCGCCUCCAGUUUGAGCACCUCAAAAAUAAAUAAAAUCUCUGACUGGGGCAGCUCGCUCUCUGAGUCCAGGGGAGGGAACGGGCAUGCCUCCACCCUCCCGCGCAUGUUCAGUCUCAGCUGCCGCAACUCAGGUGGUGAGACGGUCACGGAUCACAAGUGCCUCCCCGAGUCUGACGUCCCCCCGCCUGUCCCCUCACGAUCCAGUCGCAUCACUGGGAUCCCACCCAGGAAUAGUCAGGCCUCAGGCAAAGCUCUGUCUAAGAUGUCAGCCCCCCCUCCACUUCCUAGCAAGACUAACCCAUUCACCUCAUCUAGCCCACGAACCUUAUCUAAGCCCCCUUACAGUACCGGGACCUUCCCCGGUAAGGUGAAGGGAGUCGGAGGGAACCUCUGGCCUCCGGGAUUUCUCUCCAGCCACAGCAACACGCUCCCUCUGCCAAACAAACAGGACAGUCCCCCGGCAGCUGCUGUGCGACCCUACACCCCAGACCUGUCGGACCCUCCUCCCCCCGUGCUGCAGAAGCCUCAAACCCUAGCGGCUUCGUCGAUCUACUCCAUGUACACGCAGCAAGCCACUCCUGGAAAGGGCUACCAGCCGGGGGGCCAGGGCACACUGCCCCGCGGCCAGACCCGAGUGUAUGGAAAACCAAUCCUCCAAACCACCGGGGGCCAGCAGGCGGUCAGCUCAGACAACACCGGCUUGAACUCUGGGUUUUGUGGCUCGGAUGGCAGCGAGGCCGACAACGGUUUUCUGAACACAGGCGAGGGGGUUGUGGGAGACGCAACGGAACGGCUGACCCCUCGCCCACUGAGCCCGACCAAGCUCCUCCCGUUCCUGUCCAACCCUCACCGGAACCCCAGCGAUGUUGACCUGGAGGCCCUGCGCCGCAGACUCCAUCACGCUCCGCGACCCCUGAAGAAACGCAGCUCCAUCACCGAACCCGAAGGCCCCGGCGGACCCAACAUCCAGAAGCUGCUCUACCAAAAGACCACUCUGGCAGCCAUGGAAACAAUUCCCAUGGAGACCGUCGGUCCGGCAGGGAUCUUGAAGAUAGCCCAGCCCAGAGAUCUUGAAGAUAGACACGGUGACGCGGAGGAAGGCAGCGUCAGCAGUCUGAACCAACAGCCAGCUGAAAGUGCCGAACGGACCUUGAGUCCACCCCCACUGCCCCCGCGCUCGCCCAUCUCUGAGCCCAGAACCGGCUGCCCCUUACCCCCCACGCAGGAAAUCAAGGAAGAGGAAGAGAAACCUUCGUCCGUCUCAACUCACCAGGAGAAGUUUUUGGAGGAGUUCCCGCCAUACCCGCCCCCACCGUACCCAACCGCCGGGGAGGCAGAGCAGGGGGAUGAAAACCUCAACAUGCGUCCACCCGAGAUCACAGGGCAGGUCCCAGUGCCGCCCGGGAAGAGGUCCAUACUUCGUAAGGCAGGCUCAGAGCGGACUGACCGCACUAGGAGGGUCAAGUUCAACCCCCUGGCCCUGCUGCUGGAUUCAUCUCUGGAGGGCGAGUACGACCUCGUCCAGAGAGUCAUCUACGACGUGGAGGACCCCAGUAUGCCGAACGAUGAGGGCAUCACGGCGCUGCACAACGCCGUCUGCGCCGGUCACACCGAGAUCGUCAAGUUUCUGGUGCAGUUCGGGGUCAACGUCAACGCCGCAGACAGCGACGGCUGGACCCCCCUCCACUGCGCUGCCUCCUGCAACAACGUUCAGGUCUGUAAGUUCCUGGUGGAGUCGGGGGCAGCUGUGUUUGCCACCACGUACAGCGACAUGCAGACAGCUGCCGACAAAUGCGAGGAGCUGGAAGACGGCUACGCCCAGUGCUCUCAGUUCCUCUAUGGUGUGCAGGAGAAGAUGGGAGUGAUGAACCGUGGGGUGGUCUACGCCCUGUGGGACUACCAGCCUCAGAGUGACGACGAGCUGGGCUUCACCGAGGGCGACUGCAUGACAGUCCUGAGAAGGGAGGAUGAGGUGGAGAAGGAGUGGUGGUGGGCACGAUGUGGGGAUUACGAGGGAUACAUCCCCCGCAACCUGCUGGGAGUAAGUUGA